AUGGCCACUGUGCAAAAAGACGAUGAAGGAUUCUAUACGCCAACUGCAGAAGGUUCUACAUCUACACCAGCUAAAGACGAGCAACCCGACGCAUCCAAGACCGACUUGAUUAACUCUACAUUCGAAGUCAGCGUUACCCUUGCCGAUCAACAAGGCGAUCCCAAUUCUCCGUUAUACAGUGUGAAGUCCUUCGAAGAACUAGGACUGCUUGAAGAGCUUCUCAAAGGAAUUUAUGCCAUGGGUUUUUCUAAACCAUCCAAGAUCCAAGAACGCGCUCUUCCUCUCCUCCUUUCCAACCCUCCUACAAACAUGAUCGGUCAAUCGCAAUCUGGUACAGGCAAAACAGCCGCCUUCGUUCUCACCAUGCUCAGUCGAAUCGACUACACCAAAAACAAGCCACAGGCUUUAUGUCUUGCCCCAUCUCGUGAACUAGCCCGUCAAAUAAUGUCCGUGGUCAUAGCUAUGGGUAAAUUCACUCAAGUACAGACUGAGUACGCAAUCAAGGAGAAUCUUCCCCGGAGCGUUACUCAUAUCACUGCUCAUGUCCUCGUUGGAACUCCUGGAACGAUGUACGAUCUGCUACGGAGAAAGGUUAUAGACACGAGCGAGUUGAAGGUGUUCGUUCUCGACGAAGCAGAUAACAUGUUAGAUCAAGAUGGUUUGGGUGAUCAGACACUGAGGGUCAAAAACCUGCUUCCCCGAGGACUCAAUGCCCCACAAAUCAUCCUCUUCUCCGCCACAUUCCCGGCCCACGUCCGUGCAUUCGCAAACAAGUUUGCACCUGAUGCAAACAAAAUCGAGCUACAAAAUAACGAGCUCAGUGUCGAUUCCAUUCGACAAUUUUACAUGGACUGCAAGAACGAAGAUCAUAAAUACGACAUUCUAGUAACCCUCUAUACACUCUUGACCAUCGGUCAGAGCAUUAUAUUCUGUCAGCACAGACAUACAGCGGACAGAAUAUCUCAGAGGAUGACAGCAGAGGGACAUAAAGUGUCUUCCCUUCAUGGCGCCAAGGACGCAACAGAACGUGAUAGAAUCAUUGAUAAUUUCCGUUUAGGAAAGGAGAAGGUGUUGAUUACCACGAACGUCAUUGCACGAGGUAUCGAUAUCAUGCAAGUCAACAUGGUCGUCAACUACGAUUUACCCCUCAUGAACGAACGCGGUGGAAACAAGUCAGAGGAUACUCGACCUGAUAUCGAAACCUACAUCCAUCGUAUUGGUCGGACAGGUCGUUUCGGUCGCAAGGGUAUCUCGAUCAACUUCGUUCAUGACAGGAAGACUUGGCUUCAGAUGGAGGAAAUUGAGAAGGCUACCGGCAAGUCGAUCAUGCGAAUUGAGACUAAUGAUUUAGACAUGAUGGAAGAGAAAAUGAAAAAGGCUUUGAAAUAG